AUGCCUGGAGGCGUUUGUGCCGUGCUCGACUACGAGGUCGAGCUGAUGGCCGAAUAUGUCGCCGAGAUGUCCACCCGCCUCGCCAUGGGCACGUCAAGAGCCCCUGACUCUUUCCGCAAGUUCAUCUCCCAGAUCUUGUCGUCCACCCGUCUGCCGCGCACGACCAUCCUGCUGGGCAUGAACUACUUUGCGAAGCGCAUCAACAUGAUGAACAUGAUGAGCUCCGGCCAGCUCACGCUCUCGGAGGGUCAUGUCUGGCGCCUGUUGACCGUGGCGCUGCUGCUUGGUAGCAAGUUCCUCGACGACAACACCUUCCAGAACCGCUCGUGGGCCGAUGUCAGCGGCAUCCCUGUUCGUGAGCUCAACAAGCUGGAGCGCGAGUGGAUGGACGCCAUUGGCUGGUGCCUGUACGUCAACCUCGACCGCAGCGAGGACUACACUGCCUGGAUCAACAGCUGGCGCGACUGGGAGGCUGGCAAGAAGCGCAUGCAGAGACUGGCUUCGAUGACCAUGCCCAUCGACACGGACUACGCCAACAACGUGGCCCGCCACAACAGCACCGUUGCCUACAACACAUGGCACCAGGAGCAGAUUGCCGAGUACGAGCGCCUGUCAAGAGUUAAGCGCAACGAGCAGGCCAUGCAGCAGAACUACCGUGCCCACGACCAGCAACCAUCAUGUUGGCCCUACCAGCCACACGCUGACCCAUGGUCUGGGGCUCCUCUGACGCCGCCCGACUCUGGCUACGGUACUCCCGACUACAUGAACUCGGCCGCUGCGAUGAACACGCAGUAUGACGAUUGGUUCAACCAGCAGGCACAGCAGGCUGCCAACCGCGCCGCUGCAAACGUCACAUACGGCGCCGCCGGCCGUCAUCACCAGCAGGCUCAGCCGUACCCCAUCUCCGCCAACCCCACGCCUUACCACUCCCGCAACGUCACGGCCAAGCUGCCCACGUACAACUUCUACGGUCACAACAUCUGGGAGAACAGUGUUGACAGCGCAGUGAACGGCAUGAACGGCAUGAACUGCAUGCCCCACGGCCACAUGGGCAAGCAGGCAUCCUAUUUUGGCGUCUCGCACCCCUAUGGCCAGCCUGUGAUGGGCUAA